AUGCCUUGCAAGGAUUUGGUUUCUUGGAAUGUUAUGAUAACCGGGUAUGUGAAGCAAGGAAAUAUGGAGAGUGCAAGAGAGUUGUUUGAUCAAGUGCCGCAGAGGGAUGUGGUGACUUGGAAUACUAUGAUCACGGGAUAUGUCCGGUUUGGAACUCAUGAGGAAGCAAUGAAAAUGGUUGUGGAAAUGCAGCAAGCUGGAGAAAGGCCGGAUGAGGUUACGAUGCUGAGCUUGUUAUCUGCUUGCUCUGAUUCAGGGGCUUUAGAUGUCGGUGAAAAGAUACACCAGGCCCUUUUGGAGAUCCAUUCAAGAAAUGAUUUGAAUGUUGUUCUUGGAAAUGCAUUGGUUGAUAUGUAUGCGAAGUGUGGAUGCAUUGAGAAAGCUUUGGAAGUCUUCAAUGGGAUGAGAGAAAAGGAUGUAUCUUCUUGGAAUUCGAUCAUUGGUGGUUUAGCUUUCCAUGGACAUGCUGAAGAGUCUAUAUCUCUGUUUGAGGAGAUGAGGAAAAAGAGAACUAAACCGAAUGAUAUCACUUUUGUGAGUGUCCUGGUUGCUUGCAGUCAUGGUGGCAUGGUUGAGCGGGGCCGUGAGUACUUCAAGCUAAUGAGAACUGAGUAUGGAAUUGAACCAAAUGUUAGGCAUUAUGGAUGCAUGGUGGACAUACUUGGACGGGCCGGUUUUUUGGAAGAGGCAUCUAAGUUUGUGGACGAAAUGAAAGUCGAACCGGAUGCUAUUGUUUGGCGGGCAUUGCUUGGAGCAUGUAGAAUUCAUGGGAAUGUGGAUCUUGGAGAACAUGCAAACAAGCAACUACUCAAGUUGAGAGGAGGCGCGAGCGGGGAUUAUGUGUUGCUGUCCAACAUAUAUGCCUCAAUGGGUAAGUGGGGCGGGAAGGAGAAAUUAAGGAAGUUGAUGGAUGAUAGAAAAGUUGCCAAGGAAGCUGGCUUUGCUCAGAUUGAGGGGAAGAAUGAAGAGCUCAUUAGCUUCUUGUUACGGCCACUAUCAGAAUGCACAAGCUCUGUCAUUGCCAAAUAUGUGAAUUAA